CUCAGGGAGUCGGACUUAGAAGAAAGUACUUCCUGAGUGAAGAAGCAGGCAUUGGAGAAACCAGCAUGAAGGGCACCCAUGAAACAGCCAUGGUCAAGUCUUUGCUACUGUUGAUGUUGGGACUUGCCAUUCUGAGGGAGGCAGCAGCUCGGAAGAACCCCAAAGCAGGGGUUCCUGCCUUGCAGAAGACUGGGAACUGUCCUCCCCUGGAGGACAACAGUGUGAGAGUUGACAUUCGCAUCUUCAAUCAAAACCAGGGCAUUUCUGUCCCACGUGAAUUCCAGAACCGCUCCAGUUCCCCAUGGGAUUACAACAUCACCCGAGACCCCCACCGGUUCCCCUCAGAGAUCGCUGAGGCCCAAUGCAGACACUCAGGCUGCAUCAAUGCCCAGGGUCAGGAAGACGGCACCAUGAACUCCGUUGCCAUCCAGCAAGAAAUCCUGAUCCUUCGGAGGGAGCCCCAGGGCUGUUCCAGUUCCUUCAGGUUGGAGAAGAUGCUCCUAAAAGUUGGCUGCACCUGCGUCAAACCCAUUGUCCACCACGCGGCCUGACAAAGCCGCAUACCAAACUCAGCUGAAGACAGACGCUGAGGAAACGCCUCCUUUCAUUCAGAGCUCUGAGUGAAGCCCGAUCUCCAAGUCUUUAUGCUUUCUAGGAUUCUCAGAAAGGUGUGCAUGGCAUUCUUGAAGUUCUGCAGUAGAUAUAGCUUGAACUUUCUGGCUUGCUUUAGAAUUUUUACCAGUCCUGGUGUGUUCCAAUGCCUUACUUAACCUCCUGAAAAUGAAGGUGAAUGAAGGUACCCUUGGCCCAGUCUCUGUGUUAGAUGACGACCACAGCUCUUGUCUGUCAAUACAGUCACUUUGAUGCAGUAUCAUUCUUGUAGAGUUCAAUGAAAUGUUCAUAUUUCUGAUGGAAAGGAAACAAACAUAAUCAGAAUGUAUGGGAGGAGGCCUGUGGAGCAGGGGCUGGGUUGGUAAAGAAGCAAAUGCGUGGUAUGUGUGUUUUUAGAGAAAAAUUUGGUAAAUAUAAACAAAGUUGCCAUAAACUAUUAUAUAUUUAUAUUGGCAGGGGAACUAUACAUAUAUUUAUGACCUAUUGAUUAUGUAUCAAUUUAGUAGAAAAUUAAUAUAUCCAUUACUUAUGUAAUAAAAUAUUUUUAAUU